ACAAAGUAGAGUUUUUCUGACAGGAAGAAAAUUUCUAAAACAAUUAGUAUUUCUUGAAUAUAUUGAAUACUUUAACUGGGUGAACAUGAAUGAAAUAUCAGCAGCUCGCCUUUCAAGAAAAUCACAACAGUUAGCAAUUGAUGAAUUUCAAUUGAUCGAUCUUAAUAUGGAUCUGCUCAAGAAUACAGAAGAAAAUGAAAAUGUAGAUAGCUCGAAAGAACUUACACUCAAGAAUGCUUCGAAAACAUUACGAAAAAAUGGUGUUGGUCUAACUAAAAGCCAGUCAAAUAUCAAAUUGCCAGAAUCAAUCCAGGAAAGAAGAAAAUCAUUUACUAAGGGUACGAGUAGACCUGCCAAUUCAAGUACAGCGGAUUUAAUUAGACAGAUGGAAAACAAAAGUGCUGAGAAUAUUGCUGAUACUAAGAUAUCGUCAUCCAUGCUCGACACCAAACCAAUUCGUUCGCAAGAACAAAUCAUAAUGAACAUCGAGUCAAGCCAAUUGGAAGAUUUCGUGAAAAUAGAGGAAAAGAAACCAGACCCUGUUGAGCUGCACGAACAGGAGGAUAUUGGUAAAUCUAUCAGUUUCGCCAGUGUAAAUCGUAGGGACAUCUGUAGAGAUAAAUCUUGUCUGGACACUGAUAUUAGACUUCCACCUAUCCAUCGCACAGAAAGCCAAAACGCUGCUUGGGAUAUAAAAUGCUUGGGGGUUCCACAAGGUAUCGAUAACAAACCUCUAUUAUCGAUUGCAAGAGUUAAUAAUAGAAGAAGAGAAAAACACGAAUAUAUCAUAAAAGAAAUGGAUCUCAGAAUGAAUGAUCUGAAUGAAGUUAUCGAACAAGAAAUAAGACAGCAAGCAGAUAAUGUCAAAUUGAAUAUUCAUAUGGUCAAAGACAGUGUAGAGCAAAUAAUGUCUACUAUCAAGGAAAAAACAAAUGUCAGUUUGAACAAGACACUCUCAACAAGAAUGCAGGAAAUCAUAAAACAACUAAAUGACAAUCGACUGUCGAAAAUUAAUUCGUUCUGUGAUUUUGCCAGAAGUUUGGAGCGGCAUAGAUCAGAAAGAUUCAAGCUUAUACUGAGGAAUGCUUACAAGGAGAUGCAUGAUAACAUGUAUCUUAUGCCGUAUGAAAUACAGAAAUUCUUCGAGAAAAAAAUUCAACACCUGAAUGAGAUCACAAUGAACAAUUAUCAUUGUUACACGGAACUAAGUGCAAAAUUGAAACUCCAAAUGGAAGAAGAAAUGAGGUUGUGGUUUCAAGUACUCAAAGGUAAUGAGACAAUAAAUAGGCAUAUCGAAGAAUCAACUGAGAGCAUCCGAGAACCUACGCUUGAAAUAUCAGAAGAACUUGUAAAAGGACCAACAAAGGCAGAUAUACUGAAAAAGUUAGAAAAAGCGGAAGAAGAUUUUCGACGUUUAAAAAAAGUUGCGACCAAUUUGAGAUAUCUGAAAUCACACCCUACUUUGGAGGUAUUUGAGAGUUACUUAGACGAAAUGAGAAAUGCUGCUAUUGCUCUUUUCCAUGCGGGUUUGAUUGGCAGAGAUGGAUUGUGCUUAGACCAGAAAACAAUUCAGGACUUGUCUACAAUGCACUGCAUGGAUGAAGAGGAACUUAAGAAAAUAUGGGCAGAUGGUAUUGAAGAAAUGUUGAAAGACUUGGAUACUAAUUUAAUGAGUUUUUCGAAUUCAACACGCAUUUUCGAUUUUUAUUUCGAUAGACUAGAAGAAAUGAGAUGUUUGUAUAAAGAACAACUUUUUCUGCUUGUCACAAAAAAUGAUAAGCAAAUUCUGCAAAUGAACAAUGUCAUGAAUCUUUUGAUUGACACCCUCCGCCAGGACGUUAAUGAAGAAAAUUUAAACAACACCUUACAACAGAUUCAGACAACUAUUGGCAGCAUAGAUAGUCUAAUUCAGAAUCAUCUCAAGGAGGAAACCGCAUUGGUGGAUAAAUACCUUCAGAUUGCCUCCUCGAACGUAGAUAUCCUUAUCGAAGAACUGAACCGAUUCAUAAGACAAUUUGUACCACCACCCGAUGCUGAUCCAAGAAUAAUGAAAAAAAGGGCCAGUUGGAUGGAUAUAGACGAGCUCAGAACCGAUGACCACCUUUUCUCGAAAGAUUUUCUAACCUGUCGUUUUUUAAUGCAAGGAGUGAAUAACUGGCAAUUCGGAGUCUGGCAUGCCUUGAUCACUACAAUGGACACUUCGAAACAUAUAAUUUCAAUGAUUUUGCUUGAUUGGGCGAACGCUGAAAAGCAUAUAUUCACAACGAGAGCGGAGUUAAAAACGAAAAUUAACAAUGUGAGGAUACAUAACAUAAAAGAAGAUUUUUAUAAGGUUAGAUUAGCAGAGUUGAAUAUUCACGAAGAAAGAUUUCUACAACAUGAAUUGGCAGUUCGUGAAAAGAUUACCGAAAUGAGCGCCCUAAAAUGUGAAAUCGAGCAAGCCUGCAAAGACUUUUUAGAUGAAGAAAGCAACAAUCGGAUAGAUAAAAUAAUGGAAGGAUAUAAGAACAUUGAGAAGGAAAGACAUGCCAUCAGUAUGAUAAACAAACUGAAAGAACUAAGUUUGUCCGUUUCGACUGAAAUGAAAGAACGACACGAAAAUUUCAAGAAUGAGUAUUUUGGUAUAAUGAUCAAUAUCCGCAAUUCCCACAUUCAGUUCAUGAAAUCAAUAAGAUUAUUCUCAGAGGACGGAAAUUUCACAUCUGACGAAGCCAAGACAUUGAUAAAAAGGUUCUCAGCUUUAGAGAAACUGAUGGCCAAGGAAUUCGCAAACGUUAAUCAAAUCGUUGAAAGAAUUUAUCGGGAUUUUGUUGAUGAUCUUCAGGAUAAAUUGGAGAUGCCAUUGCACAAUUUGAAUAAAGCAUUAGAAGAGUUCACCUUCAAGAACGAUAUGGAGAGAAAAGUGAAAAAGCUACAUAGAGAAAUUGGUGAUAUUGUUGUGGAUCUUACCUUUGAUAUGAGAAAACUAAAUGGCAAAAUCAGAAGUUGCCGUACUGCUGCCUAUUCAAAGGAAAAUCUAGGCAGUUACGAUUUUCUCUUUUCAUUUUCUCGAUGCUUCAAAGAAAUCUUAGCCGACAUCAAUAUGAUGAAUGAAAGGUUAUUUUACGAUAAUUCUUUGUCACUUGAUGAAAGACUACUAAAACAGAAAGCCGAAAUAUCGCAGGUCUCCCUAACUCCCACGGUUGCUUCAAAAACCAAGAAAAAUAUAGAUUCGAAAACGGCCGUGGAAGAGAAUGUAAGCUCUGCGAAAAAAUAUGAGAAGAGGCGUUCCCUAAGGACAACAGCGCCCGCGAUCAAAGUCAAAAAUUACGUUUUCGCCCUGUACCCAUUUCCUCCUCAGGAUGAUGGCAGAUUCCUGUCAACUUUGCAUCUCAAAACGUACGUUUCGUAUUGUGACGUACAAGAUGCUGCAAAGGCAUUUUACGAAUCUCAUGGCGAGAUUGUAGUUAGCAACCGCAUACAUCCGGAUUUGAAAUCAUUCAUUGAAGAAAUAUUGCCAAAAUAUAAAUAUUAUCAACUGCAGGUGGAAUUUGCUUGGUUGGAAAGCACCAUUGAGUUUUACAUAAUAAUGGCGAACUUUCGUACAUUUCUGGGAAAUUAUUACAUAGAUACGUUGAGAAAGUAUUUCGAAUUUCGCUACGAUGAAUUAAUGGGAAAAUGUUCAGAAGUGAUGAAGAAUCUAGGAGGAGCUAUGAAGUUGGUAGAGGACAACUAUACUUCCAUUCAUAACAAAUUAAAGCCAAUGUUAGGUCAUCCGGCAAGAGAAAAGAUGUUAGCGUUAGUGGAAACCUAUAUGGAUCAAGCUGAAGACUUCAACAAGAGAGUCCUGUUAGAUAAUCUGGAACCCAGCCAAGAAUCAAUAAAACACCACUGCAUUAAAACUGAAGCUAUUUUUCUCGAUAUGGAAAAAAUUCUUUCCUGCAUAAGAGGUAGUUCUACACUUCUUGCUCUUAGUAGAGAAUUGCAGGACAAAUUAUGUGAAAGAAUAGAAGCUCUUCAACAGAUAUUAUCUGUGGAUGAUUGCUGUGGAAGCAGGAUGUGCCAAACAGAUUUCGAAAUUGAUUUGAAAAGAAAACUUCAAGAGUAUAAAAAGACAGCUCCAAUACCUACAGAAUGUUUGAUUUCAUAUUCAAAUGUUGCCCAAAGCACGAGUUCUCUAGAAAGUUCUGAUCAUCUUGAUAUAGAGGAAUCAAUCAAAAAGAAUUUCAACAUGUACGAAAAGGUCGUUGAAACAAUCGAAAAUCACAAAACAAACUGCUGGAAACUUCACGAGAAAUAUAAAACAAUGUGGGCUCAAGACAUCCAGAGGAUUUUGAAUUUAUACAAGGUUAAGUAUGAUCAAGCAGUUUCAGAAUGAAGAAGAAAUAAAAUACAUUCUAGAAUCUUUUUAUUUCUGUCACUUCAAUCGAAUAAAUAAAUACACUUGUCUUAUAA